CUGCAGUUAAUGCAUUUCACGUGGACACGUGAGUGGGUGCCUGCGUCCUUGUAAAUGGAUCGGAUCAAACAACUUUUCACGCACACACACAUAUGAGAGAACACUCGUCUGCUGUCCGCUGUGCUCAUCCCACAAGAGCCUAUCGUCUCUCUCGGGCACUCAGCCACAUCUCUCCAUUUCCUUGAUCCGUCUCAACACAUUCAGCGUCGACUGCCCUCUCACCAUCAGGGCCUCAGCCCGCUCGCUCAGGCAAUAGUCAGAGCCCUCGGGGACAUCCCGCUGUGUCGAUGCAGCAGGAGACGGGCGCUUCUUGGGAGUGGACUUGCCGCUAGAUUGCUCUGGCACACACACGUACACACACAUACACAAACGUAGAGAGACGUCCAGGCCUGUGCACAAAUGUGGUCAUGUCUCUUCUUUACUUUGGAUCAGCUCGUGCGCAGCGCUGUCUCUGUCAAGAUUUGGCGCCUCUGGGAGAGGCGGCGCGAGCAGCAGCACAUCAGGCAGGUCGAAUAAGACCACGGCCUGCUCCAUGCUCAGGAGCCGCAAGUGCUUGAGCGAUACCAGCCCUCCCCUGUCUCUCUCCUCGGCCCCCCUCUCCUCCCCCUCCCCCAGGAGUAUCUCCAGCUGCCGCCGGCCGAGGAUGCUCUCAUCAAGCAUCGUGACGAUCCCUCGGGAAAGCAGCCUGAGACGGAUGGUGGCCAGCGGGCUGUGCGAUGAUGCCCUGGUGCUCCCUGUGCCCUCAUCCAUUUCCCUUUUCCCCCUCCGAAUGGUGCAGGAGGGGAACGGGGUCGACGGCUGUGUUCCAGCUUCCCGCGCUGGAAUGAAUGACCGGGACAGCUCUCGCUGGAAGGUGACGAAGUGGUUGAACAGGGUCUCGCCUUCGACGCAGUGAGCGAUACGGCCGCCUCGCGAGCCUUUCACCGCUUCCUUCAAGUCCUCGAUGUCAAAUGAAUACUUGCUUCUAAGGGCGAUCACGUAUGCAGGCAUCUCUCUCUCCGGCGAAAGCAGCGGGGUCAGUCCUUUGAGCAGCUGCGAUGCGAGGGCGACAUUCCACUGGUAGGCUCCAGUCAGCACACCGAUGAGGUCGGCGGCAUCCCAGCCCCGGUUUCUGUGGGUGUCUCCCUCCUUCAGCCCCCGCAGGCAUGCUGAUCGGAACACCAGCUCCACUGUGUCGGAGAUGAGCCAAUCCUCCCCGGCUUGUGUGAGGUGGAGACAGCCGAUGAGAUGGCCUAGGUAGACGCCGUCGGUGCAGAGGCCAGUGAGGACAGGCAGCAGAUAUGUGGAGAAGAGAACGGUGCGCUUGGGGGGAAGGGCUGGUGGGGGCGGGUAGGCUCGACGUGGCGGUUUGUUCCUCUGGUGGAGGUCCAGCAGCACUGAAAUCAAACAAGAAAGAAAGAAAGAUGCGGCCAGCUGCGGAUUUGCUGGUCUCUUCUUGCUUACGUGUGGUGAAGAGGGCCACUUCUGCCGGCUCGAAGUCGCACCAUCUCAGCGCCUUGAGGAGCAGCGUUUUUCUCAUCAGUGGUGGCGUUGAAUGAAAUAUCUCGGCCAGCACGUCUGGCUGCGGCUUGACGAUAUCCAACAGCUGUUGGAUCUGCCUGUCACCCCAUCCCUCCGCAUGCAGGACAAACGCCAGCCGCAGGGCCUUCUCAACAUGAGCUUGGGGAGUGCUGUCGUCUCGCUCCCGCAACGUAUCCACCAGCCACUGAGUUUCAAAGAUCAUGCCCACAGAGACAAGCGUGCACAGCGUGAGCAGCCUUCUGUGCCUGCCGCAUACUUGGGUCACAGAAGGGUCAUCAGGAGGCCAGCGGCCUGUUCGCUGCCACGUCUGCAGCGUCUUGACAGUCUCCGAGAGCACGGACGACCGCCUGAAGAUGCUGCCCAGAAUCGUGCUGGUCGCCUUCCCCUCCAUCACUGGAAUUAUUAUCCUGCACACAAGACAACUGCGCUCUGGGGGUGACUCUUUUUCCGGUGGGGCCACGCGCAGACUCACCAAAUGACGAAAGGGCUCUACCACCUGCCCCUUUGGCCCUGCAACGCUCGAG